AUUUGUUUCCGACAAAACGACAGGCUGUGGUCUAUCUGGGUUUAGUUAUACACAGUCUUUGGCCACACCAUACGUUAUCAUAUCCGGUUAAAUAUGUAUCUCUGUUGGCGGGAACUGUACAGUAGUCCACAGUUGGCUGCCUAGUAGGUACUGAAUGUCUUCAUUUUGGUUGAGCUAAAAUCAUUGUUAAUCAUUGCACUUUUUCGUCAAGUGAAAAUGUCUCGUGUGCUGAACUGCAUUGUGGCUGUUUGUCCUGAUAUGGGGAUUGGAAAUAACGGGAAUCUACCUUGGCACCCGAAGAGACUCAAUAAUGAAUUUAAGUAUUUCCAGAAGAUGACAAUGACGUCUUCAGUGGAAGGUAAACAGAAUGUUGUCAUCAUCUCUGUCUGGGAUUGGUUAAAUAAACAGAAUGUUGUCAUCAUCUCUGUCUGGGAUUGGUUAGGUAAACAGAAUGUUGUCAUCGUCUCUGUCUGGGAUUGGUUAGGUAAACAGAAUGUUGUCAUCGUCUCUGUCUGGGAUUGGUUAAAUAAACAGAAUGUUGUCAUCGUCUCUGUCUGGGAUUGGUUAGGUAAACAGAAUGUUGUCAUCGUCUCUGUCUGGGAUUGGUUAGGUAAACAGAAUGUUGUCAUCGUCUCUGUCUGGGAUUGGUUAAAUAAACAGAAUGUUGUCAUCUCUGUCUGGGAUUGGUUAGGUAAACAGAAUGUUGUCAUCGUCUCUGUCUGGGAUUGGUUAGGUAAACAGAAUGUUGUCAUCAUCUCUGUCUGGGAUUGGUUAGGUAAACAGAAUGUUGUCGUCUCUGUCUGGGAUUGGUUAAAUAAACAGAAUGUUGUCAUCGUCUCUGUCUGGGAUUGGUUAAAUAAACAGAAUGUUGUCAUCUCUGUCUGGGAUUGGUUAGGUAAACAGAAUGUUGUCAUCGUCUCUGUCUGGGAUUGGUUAGGUAAACAGAAUGUUGUCAUCAUCUCUGUCUGGGAUUGGUUAGGUAAACAGAAUGUUGUCAUCGUCUCUGUCUGGGAUUGGUUAGGUAAACAGAAUGUUGUCAUCUCUGUCUGGGAUUGGUUAGGUAAACAGAAUGUUGUCAUCAUCUCUGUCUGGGAUUGGUUAGGUAAACAGAAUGUUGUCAUCUCUGUCUGGGAUUGGUUAAAUAAACAGAAUGUUGUCAUCGUCUCUGUCUGGGAUUGGUUAGGUAAACAGAAUGUUGUCAUUGUCUCUGUCUGGGAUUGGUUAAAUAAACAGAAUGUUGUCAUCAUCUCUGUCUGGGAUUGGUUAAAUAAACAGAAUGUUGUCAUCAUCUCUGUCUGGGAUUGGUUAGGUAAACAGAAUGUUGUCAUCAUCUCUGUCUGGGAUUGGUUAGGUAAACAGAAUGUUGUCAUCAUCUCUGUCUGGGAUUGGUUAAAUAAACAGAAUGUUGUCAUCAUCUCUGUCUGGGAUUGGUUAGGUAAACAGAAUGUUGUCAUCUCUGUCUGGGAUUGGUUAGGUAAACAGAAUGUUGUCAUCGUCUCUGUCUGGGAUUGGUUAGGUAAACAGAAUGUUGUCAUCUCUGUCUGGGAUUGGUUAAAUAAACAGAAUGUUGUCAUCAUCUCUGUCUGGGAUUCGUUAGGUAAACAGAAUGUUGUCAUCGUCUCUGUCUGGGAUUGGUUAGGUAAACAGAAUGUUGUCAUCGUCUCUGUCUGGGAUUGGUUAGGUAAACAGAAUGUUGUCAUCAUCUCUGUCUGGGAUUGGUUAGGUAAACAGAAUGUUGUCAUCAUCUCUGUCUGGGAUUGGUUAAAUAAACAGAAUGUUGUCAUCAUCUCUGUCUGGGAUUGGUUAGGUAAACAGAAUGUUGUCAUUGUCUCUGUCUGGGAUUGGUUAAAUAAACAGAAUGUUGUCAUCGUCUCUGUCUGGGAUUGGUUAGGUAAACAGAAUGUUGUCAUCGUCUCUGUCUGGGAUUGGUUAGGUAAACAGAAUGUUGUCAUCUCUGUCUGGGAUUGGUUAGGUAAACAGAAUGUUGUCAUCGUCUCUGUCUGGGAUUGGUUAAAUAAACAGAAUGUUGUCAUCGUCUCUGUCUGGGAUUGGUUAGGUAAACAGAAUGUUGUCAUCAUCUCUGUCUGGGAUUGGUUAAAUAAACAGAAUGUUGUCAUCGUCUCUGUCUGGGAUUGGUUAGGUAAACAGAAUGUUGUCAUCAUCUCUGUCUGGGAUUGGUUAGGUAAACAGAAUGUUGUCGUCUCUGUCUGGGAUUGGUUAAAUAAACAGAAUGUUGUCAUCGUCUCUGUCUGGGAUUGGUUAGGUAAACAGAAUGUUGUCAUCAUCUCUGUCUGGGAUUGGUUAGGUAAACAGAAUGUUGUCAUCUCUGUCUGGGAUUCGUUAGGUAAACAGAAUGUUGUCAUCGUCUCUGUCUGGGAUUCGUUAGGUAAACAGAAUGUUGUCAUCGUCUCUGUCUGGGAUUGGUUAGGUAAACAGAAUGUUGUCAUCAUCUCUGUCUGGGAUUGGUUAGGUAAACAGAAUGUUGUCAUUGUCUCUGUCUGGGAUUGGUUAACUAACAGAAUGUUGUCAUCGUCUCUGUCUGGGAUUGGUUAGGUAAACAGAAUGUUGUCAUUGUCUCUGUCUGGGAUUGGUUAGGUAAACAGAAUGUUGUCAUCAUCUCUGUCUGGGAUUGGUUAACUAACAGAAUGUUGUCAUCGUCUCUGUCUGGGAUU